AAUAGCUGCCGAAAUAACACAAUGGUGUAAAUCACAAGAAACUUUUAAAAUGAUACCAAUAGAAUUUAUGCUCGGCUUUCUCGUUCAGGCAAUAAUUACACGAUGGCAGAGAAUGAUUCAUGACAUUGGUUUCAUUGAUAGUUUAUCAUUGACAGUAGCUGGUUAUAUUCACGGUAAUACGGAUUACAGUCGUUUGAUACGACGUAAUAUUGUGCGUUAUAUUUGUUUAGCUCAAGUACUUGCAUCACGAGAUUUCAGUAUUGCAGUUCGGAAACGAUUUCCCACAAUUGAUUCCAUUGUUUCAGCCGGUGAAAAGAAUUAA